UCAUAUUAGAGACAUCCAUAGAAUUUGCAUUGAUCAUUUCUCAUAUUUCACAAGAACCAGAAAAAAAAUGGCAUCCAUGGCUACUCUCCCUCAGUUCACCGGGCUAAGACCCCAACUCUCGUCGGCCCCAGUUCGAUCCCUGGCUGUGGUUCAACCAUUGAGGCGCAAGAGCAAGGGAACAUUGGGUGUCCGUUGUGGCUUCAUUGGUUCUCCCACCAAUUUGAUAAUGGUGACGAGCACGACUUUGAUGCUGUUUGCUGGAAGAUUUGGGCUGGCUCCGUCGGCAAACAGGAAGGCAACCGCCGGGUUGAAGCUUGAAGCGAGGGAUUCCGGGCUGCAGACCGGUGAUCCGGCUGGUUUUACUCUUGCAGACACCUUGGCCUGUGGCAGUGUUGGCCACAUUAUUGGUGUUGGGGUUGUUCUUGGACUUAAGAACUUGGGUCUCCUGUAAACAAAUUUCGAGCAUUUUAUGCUGAUAUAUUGUUAUGAUGCCAUUUCCAUUUGCUCCAUCUAUGUGUUUCUGUUAAUUUUUUAUCUUUUCAGACAGCCUAAAAGAAAACUGAUGUUAUUAUUGAAGAAAAUCAUUAACGACAG